AUGAAGUUAUUACAAUUGAUUUCAUUAUCAACAGUUAUUAUCCAUGUCAAUUCUUCACCAAUAAGUUUUUUUAAUUUAUUUAAAAAAAGUGAUGAAUUAGAAGAAUUAUCAACAGGGCCUAUUACACCACAAAGGAAUGAAUCUUUCGUUUUGAAUGGUACAAACUCAACUACUGGAUCAACUGGGCAAAAUUCAACAAAUUCAACAAGUUCAACUUCUAAUUCAAAACCAAAUAUUUUACUUUAUUCAUUUUCAAAUGAUUUCACCAAAUUAUAUGAAUCAAAUUCUUCAUCAACUAAUUCAAAUUUAAGCAUUUCAGCAGCAGAAUUAUCAAACAUUUUGUAUAAUUCAAAUCAAGGAACAAAUGGAAAUUCAACAGCUCAAAAUUCAAAUUUCCAAUCAACAAUUUUGAAAAAUUCUCUUUCCAAAAUUGCCAAUAUUUCAUAUCAAGAUAUUUCAAAUGUUUCAUCUUCUGAUUUUAAUUCAACUUAUUUAUUAAAACUUUAUUAUACCCUUAAUGAAACAAUUGAAUCCAACCCUCCUGAUGGAAUAGUAAUUCUUCAAGAUUUUUCCAAUAUUGAAACAUCAGCAUUUUUCCUAGAUUUGGUUUUAAAUUCAUCAAUCCCAAUAAUCUUAACCACUGAACCAACUUCUCAAAACUUCUUAACAAAUGGUGUUUCAAACUUAUAUGAUUCUGUUCUUGUUGCUACUAAUUCAUCAGAUUUUGUGAAUCAAGGUACACUUGUUGUUAGUGAUAAAAAAAUUACUAGUGGAUUUUAUUCUAUACCAGUUUCAACAAACUUGGGGAAUUCAAUUGAUUCAAGUCCUCAAGGUUUAUUAGGACAAAUUUAUGAAGGUAAAAUUCAAUGGUUUUAUGAAUCAAUUGAUUUAACAAGUGAUUUCAACUUCACAUUCACAAAAGAAACGGAUUCAUUACCAAAUAUACUAAUUUUAGAAAAUGGUCAAGGACGUUUAAACUUGGAAAUUAUUGAUUUUUUGGAACAAAAUGAUGAUUUAUCAGGAUUAAUUAUAACAUCUCAAACAUCAACCCCAGAAUUCAAUUCUCAAAUCCAAGAUAAAAUCAGUGAAUUAUCCAAGAAAAUCCCCGUGGUGAUUACGACUGAUACACCAAAUGGUGGUUCAAUUAGUCCAAAUGAUUUAAGUUUAGGAUCUACAAUUGCAGGAGGGAUUUUAGAUUCUGUUAAGGCUAAAGUUUUAUUACAACUUUGUGUUAAUUCUAAGUAUGAUUUAGAUGAAAUUAAACAUAAUUUUGAAUCAGCUUAUGGUGGUUGA